AUGGCUACUAUUAAUCCUCCGCGGGACCCGAACACCGUGAGCAACUACAAUAACUGGCGUUCAACCCAUGUCACUGCCAAUUUCGAUAUUCUCUUCGAUCAGAAGAAGUUGAUAGGAAAUGUGGUUCAUCAGUUCAAGUCUAUCACCGAUGCUGAGUCUCGGGAGAUUAUUCUGGACACCAGCCACCUUCAGAUUCACUCCGUAAAGGUGGAUGGCCAGCCAUCUAAGUGGGAGUUUCUUCCCCCACUGGAACCAUUUGGUGUGCCAUUGAAGAUUAGCCUCGAUCAAGGUGUUCAAUUGAAUGGAACUAUUGAGGUUGACAUUGCGGUCGAAACUACCGAAAAAUGCACGGCGUUGCAGUGGCUGACGCCCGCCCAAACCUCAAACAAGAAACACCCUUACAUGUUCUCACAAUGUCAGGCAAUUCACGCCAGAUCUAUCUUCCCUUGCCAGGAUACUCCGGAUGUUAAAAGCACCUAUGACUUCAACAUCACAUCCCCACUCCCUGUCAUGACCAGCGGUCUGCCAAUCCGCAAUGCCGCAAAGGAGUCCAAGGGAGAGCAUCAGUUGUACCGAUUCAACCAGUCGGUGCCAAUUCCUAGCUACCUCUUUGCCAUUGCCAGCGGUGAUGUUGCCGAGGCCCCCAUUGGGCCUCGCAGUGUUGUUGCAACCAGCCCCGACAAGCUGGAUGAGUGUAAAUGGGAGCUUGAGGCUGAUACCGAGACUUUCAUCACUACCAUCGAGAAAAUUGUCUACCCUUAUGCUUGGGGAGAGUAUAAUGUUUUGAUCUUGCCCCCCAGUUUCCCUUACGGUGGCAUGGAGAACCCUAUCUUCACCUUCGCAACCCCGAGUAUCAUCUCGAAGGAUCGCGAAAACAUCGAUGUUAUUGCGCACGAGUUGGCUCACAGCUGGAGUGGUAACUUGGUCACCAACUGCUCGUGGGAGCAUUUCUGGUUGAAUGAAGGCUGGACCGUUUACCUCGAGAGGAGAAUUCUGGCUGCUAUUCACGGCGAAGCCUACCGCCACUUCUCGGCCAUUAUUGGAUGGAAGUCUCUGACUGAUGCCGUUGAUCACUUUGGAAAUGACCAUGAGUUCACCAAGCUCAUUGUUGAUCUUAAGGGCAAGGAUCCCGACGAUGCUUUCUCGAGCAUUCCUUAUGAGAAGGGCUUUAACUUCCUCUUCCACCUCGAAAACCUUGUUGGGAAGUCCAAGUUUGACAAGUUCAUCCCUCAUUAUUUUACCACAUUCAAAUGCAAAUCGCUCGACUCCUACGAGUUCAAGGCAUUGAUUUUGGACUUCUUCAAGUCUGACACCGAGGCCUCCAAGCUCUUGGACGAGCUGGAUUGGGACAAGUGGUUCUAUGCACCAGGUCUACCUCCCAAGCCCACCUUUGACACAUCGCUUGUGGACAUUGUCUAUGAACUUGCCAAGAAAUGGCAGACUCUUCCUGGCUCUUCUUUCAAGCCUGAUAUCAACGACAUCAAGGACUUGACAGCGAACCAAUUGGUCGUUUUCCUGGAGCAGAUGCUCCUGCUGGAGAAGCCGCUCAGCCCAGAGGUCUCGAAGCUGAUGGGUGAUGUUUACAAACUCGCCAAGAGUGAGAACAUCGAGGUUUCAAACCUCUAUCUCCAGGUUGGAAUGAAGGCCGGAGAUGAUAGUGUCAUCGAGCCCACGACUGAGUUGCUGGGCCGUAUUGGACGCAUGAAGUUUGUGCGACCUUUGUUCCGCAAUCUCCAAAAGGUGAACCGCCCUGUUGCCCUCGAGACAUUUGAGAAGUACAAGGAGUUCUACCACCCCAUCUGCCGCGGUAUGGUGGAGAAGGAUCUUUUCGGCAAGAAGGACAUCUAG